AGUUUGAAAUCGGCUAUGAUAAUUUAAAAAAGUGCUAAAAAGAUCAUAUACAUUUCGAAAAAUGAUAAAACUUAGUGAUGUAUACUUACUAAGGAAGCUUAAAAAAUAUUCAUAGUCUCCUCUGCGCAUGUGUUGAAGUGUGAAAUAAGUACAUAAGUACAUGCGAAUAUAUACACAAAUAUCACAUACACAUAUACAUAUAGUCACAUAUACAUAGUGAAUAUAUUAUUUUAAAAAAUAAUACUGGUGUUGGUGAUAACAAUAGAAGCAGUAAAGGUUGAGCCCCCGUAUCGAAUUUUAAUUUGGGAAUGGCGAAAAUUUUAACUUAUAUGCGGAUUCUUUAUUUCCCAUGGUUCCCCAAGUGCUUACGUUUUCUUGAUUAUAUUGCGCUGGGACCGUUGAUAACAAAAAUCAUCUUUAUUAACAUGCCUAAAUGCAUAAAUGGAAACUUUCAUAAAAGCCGGAAAAAAUUAUUCCACUUUGGGAAUUUAUAAUAGCCCGAUGCAAGAAAAGGAGCGAUUUUCCAAUUAAUGUAAUAAUAUUUGAGGGAUUUUAAGAUUCUUUUUAAAAAUGCAUUACAGUUGGUUAUUGAUAAAAUGUAUUCAAUUUGACUUAUUGGUUAUUUUGGCAAAUCUAAAGCAAAGCGAUGCAAGCUAUUUGAUCCCACGUAAUCGUGGAAAAAGCGAAAAUUAUAGCAAUGAAAGAAAAAUCGAAGAUUCAUCUUCCAAUGUUAGGACAGUUGGUGAAGUGUUUGUGCCAAAAACAUUUUCAAUCAACUCACAGGAACCAUCAUGCGAGGAGCUUCGGGCAAUGUGGAUCUUUUCACGAAGGCAAUCGCGUGCAGCUGAAAUAACUAAUGAAAUCCCAACAUAUCGAGAUCCUUUCAAAUAUAAUAUUUGGGAACCUCUUUAUUUAAACCCACGAAUGUUAGGAGCAGUUCGGAUGGGCUCUAGAGAAAGACCCCAAUCUCCUGUAUUUGGUCGUGUUGUCAGUCGAGAGCCAACUGCUUCGCAUCGGAGUCCAUUCGAUCAGCAUCAAAGAGCUUUUGAUUUUGGGCUUGGUAGCUCGGGCCUAAUUCAAACACGUUUUUAUGGAGCAGAAAUUCGACCUCCAAAUGGAGCUUCUUCUUCGCGGAGAUCUAGCAAAAAUCGAUAUAUGGGAGUACCAAAUGGAACUGGAACUAGCAUAAAAGAAAAUCAGAAUUACGUUCCUGUACAAGGUAGUUUUCAGAAAUUAAAAGAACUCAUUUGGACUGAGAGGGCAAAAGAAUUAACUCAACAACGAAGAGAUGAAGAAUUAGCAGCACGAGUUGCAGCUCUAAAAGAGAUUGCUAACGGAAGGAACGUUAAGUCGCCAUAUUACUCAAAAUCGACCGCUUCCUCUGACUCAAUUUUAAUGGAUGAAAACCGGAGCCCAGAUGAAAAUUAUAACCAGUAUAGUGGUACUAAUCGUAUGCAUAUUUUAAGCGGACAACACCAUCAAAAUGUUAAAAAUAAUCGAAAUAUGCCCCAGGCAGAUUUUCCUGCAAGCAUCCGGCGUAUUGGAAAUUUUCCUUCCUCUGAAAUAAAAACUGAAAAAUCUAACAAAGAAAUUAAAGGCAGUGCUGCUGGAUACUAUGUUGGGGAUCUUCCUAAUAACCGAUUUCGUAUUCAAAUUCCAUCGGCUUAUAUUUUGUCCAAUGAAAGAGAGCAGUCUGUUAUUGGUAUACCAAGGAAGUAUCCUAUGCGAAAAUCUCACUUCAGAGAACGGAACCGCUCCCUUAUAAGAGAGCCAAAAGGAAGUGAACAUUUUCAUCGCAUUGCAAGAGGCUUUACAACAUCUCCUUCGAAGGAAUUAGUUGAGAAAAUGGCAACAAAAAACCGUUCAUCUGAAGAAAAAGAACUAAGCCCCAUGGAUUGGUUCGAUGAUGCUUCUUAUUUUACAACGAUUCAGAAUGACGAAACACCAGAAUCUGCAGUAUUAAAAUUGCAAUUUUCCAAUUACAAAAAUUAUUAAGGAAUGUUUUUAGUGUUUCUGCAUAGGUUUGUAUAAAAAUGGAGUCUCUUUAUUAAAUAAAAAAAGGUAACAUUGUACCCAAUAUUCAUUGUAAAUAUAUUCAAAUAAUUUUAAAACAUAAUGGCAGACCAUAAAUAUUUGUCAAUACUGUUAAUUAAUGUACAAAUUAUACAACUCUGUAAGAGGAUACAUUUCCGUUGCAAGUCUCUGAAAAUAUUCAAAAAAAUAAAAAAAUAUACAAAAAAAGGCUAGUUUUCCUAAUGAAUUAUAUUGAUACUUGUUUUUUUUUUGUUUUUCAUGGUAUUUACGGAAAUGGUCUUUCAUUUUAACCCUUUAUUAUCAUUUACACUCAAUACCUAAUAUAAUUAAUUUAUACUCAAUACUUAAAUACUUACUUCUAUUCAUUGUAUUGAGUAUAUUCUAGUUCUAUACAAAUAUUUCUUACAGCUCCUUACAAUCAAUUUUAAGAUAGGAUAUGUAUCUUGCUUCAUCGCUCAUUUACAAGAAGAUCUACGUAAGAAAACCCAUAUUUCAGAGUUACUUAAACUUCAUUUACUCAAUUUAGGAACGUAAUAUUAUUAUUUUAGAAAGGAAGUUCUCACAAGAUUUACCAGGAUAUUUCGUAUAUUGUAUGGUGUCAUAUACCAUUGUGUUACGUAGAUUAUGAUAUGGGUUAUUUGGUUUGAUAUGGUUUAUUAAUUUUAAGAUUUUUUUAACAAAAACAACGACACAUCUUAAAUAAAAUUGUUAAAGUAUAGGAGGAAAAGGACGGGUAGGGAUAUAAAAGGUUAUCGAAAUUUCACUGCGUCACACUCCGACCCUAUAAAGUAUAUAUAUUCUUGAUCAGGAUAUGAGUCGAUAUAAGCAUGUCCAUCUGUCUGUCUGUCCGUCUGUCUGUCGGUUUCUGCGCAAACUAGUCUCUCAGUUUUAGAGCUAUCGAGUUGAAACUUUGCACAUAUCCUUCUUUUCCUUGCAGGUAGUAUAUAAGCCGGGAUCGGUCGACUAUAUCCUAUAUCUGCCAUAUAACUGAUUGAUCGGAAAUGCCAUAACUUUGGUGUUUUUUAAGUUUUUAGAGGGUUGGGACUUUCCACACAUGUUUUAUUUGACCAAAAUAUCUUAUGUACAAAAUUUCAUAAGUAUCGGACGACUAUAUCCUAUAGCUGUCAUAGAACGAUCGGAAGUGGCAUAACUUUGAUGUUUUUUAAGUUAGAAAGAUGGGACUUGGUACAGAUUCCAUUUUAGGCAAAAUAAUCUUUUGCCAAAUUUCAUAGGGAUCGGCCAACUAUAUUCAAAAUCAAUCAAUUAUCAAAAAUGGCACAACUGCAAGGGUAUAUCAACUUCGGCUCCGCCCGAAGUUAGCUUUCCUUUCUUGUUUUUUUUCUGAAUUCAAAUUGACUCGCCUCAGUGUUCAAUCUAAUGGAUAUGUAUGUGAUUAUGUGCCAGUGUAUAUUGUAUAUGUACAUACGUACUCACUCUAUGUACUCUUUUAGUAAAUGAGCGAUUUUUUAUUUUGGGUUGAUGCACUAAUACCUAUUCUAUAUACAUACAUGUGUAUGUAUGUAUUAACUUUAAAAACCGUAAAGUAAAAACAUAUCACGAUCUAUUAUGUAAGACAUAACAAUAAAUCUAAAAAAACAUAUGCAUGUAUGUGCGGUUAUUUAUGUACAAAUGAAUGUAUUGUAUCAUUCAUAAAUAGUGAUGCCCAUCUAAAAACAACAAAAAAUUUGUAUUUCAGUGAUGAAAUGGACAAUAAUCAUAAAGGUAUAAUCAAUGACAAUAUUCGCGAUUUUAUUAUAUACUAAAUACAUAUGAGACAAGUUUGUAGUUUUUAAACAUGAAGUUAUCUACGCAUGGUUGAUGUUUAAGAAAUCUGAUUCAAUCAACCCAAAUAAAUAAUAAGACAAAUGUAUAAUUUAAUUGUAAAAAUGUUGUAAAUUAUAUUGUAAUAAAAUAUAUUUAUUCAACGAUGUUAAGUUUUGUUGAUUGGAA